ACAACUCAACAAAAUUCAAAGCGUUUUUUUAUUUUCACCACCAAACUCAACAAUUUUUGUCGCAGUAGUUGUCUCUGAGGCUCUAAUGCCAGGACAACUGGCCGGGCACACAAGGCGCCGACGAAUUCGACAGAUUCAAGCGACGCUUCGUCAUGUGCUGGAGGAUAUCCACACACAAGCUCAAACUGCUGGUCGUUGUACUGACGUUAAUUGUGGCGGUUGACGGUAUGCUCAAGUUUUCGACAAAUGCCACGUUAUUGUUGUACUAUCAUAAUACGCGAUUUCUUACAUUCCUAAUUGGACGACUAGUGAUUGGUCUGUUGCUCAGUGUUUGGGCAUUUCAUGGUUUUAUAAUGCUAUUCUACGACAGUGUUCGGGGCGUAGCAAUUUACUCGACGGGCAUUUGCCUGAUAACAGUUUGUGAUUGUGUCUCACUGUACUAUCGGUUCUCCAUGAAUCUAUCCACAAUGCCACGAGUGCUUGACGAUGAUCUAAUGAUGGCGCGCGCCAGAUCAACAGAGAUACACGUUCUAGAGGAGGGCAUUGAGGAUUUUCUGCUUGUCGCUCUGAUUAUCGUCCAGAUAGUUGUCAGUAUUGCUGGCUGGUGGCUAGCAAUCCGUCUGCGCCACCAUUAUGAAGAUGAGGAGAACUAUAGACGAGAUCAAAUUAAUUUGGAACAGUUGCGGGAAAGGUCAAAGGUGCAUCAUUAAUGCGGCGCUUUUUCAAAUCUGUGUGCAAUGUGGGAGAGUUGAGUGUGCCAAAGAAAUAAACCAAGAAACCGAAGUAGAUACAAAAAGAAACUGUGAAA